CCAGAUAUUCAUACCCAUCUCUCUCUAAACAACCCCUCAAUCAAACAACCAUGAGCUGCUCCUUCACCGCAAGCCAGAUCCCAUCACUUGAAGGAAAGGUAGCCAUCGUCACGGGCGCAACGCGUGGUAUCGGUGAGCAAACAGCACUCCAACUCGCGUUACACGGUGCCAAAGUCUACCUCGCGACGAGGAACGAGUCCAAGACGUCUGCACCUAUCCAAUCUCUUGAAUCGGAGCAUCCGGAACUGAAGGGUCGCCUUGUAUGGCUAAAAACAGACUUGGGUAGUGUUAAGGGAUGUCAGGAGACGGCGAAGGAGUUCAUAAGCAAGGAGGAGAGGCUGGAUAUCUUGGUGUGCAACGGGGCGGAGUCGAUGACCCCUUGGGAAGUGACUACAGAAGGAGUGGGGAGAACCUUUGCAGUCAACUACCUCGGUCACUUUGCACUCGUCACCUCCCUCCUGCCUAUUCUUGAGCACACCUCCCGCUUGCCGAACGCAGACGUUCGUAUCGUCAACCUCUCCAGUAUGGUACACAGCAGCGCGCCUUCCAUCACAACUUUCUCCAGUCUAGCAGAGUUUAAAGACAUGUGCGGGAAGGCAGACGGCUUCAGGGCCAAAGUUGGCCGGUAUGGACAAAGCAAGCUCGCGCAGUUGUUGUUUACUCGGGAACUCCAGCGGCGGAUGGACGAACAGGGUGUGCCUAUUAUCACUGUCGCCGUUCAUCCGGGAAGCGUUGCCACCAACGGCAGCAAAGGCUUCGUAGGCUCCUUCCUGUUCAACCUCACCUCACCCUUCUUUUUCAUCACCCCAGCCCAAGGCGCCCUCACCUCCCUCUUCAGCGCCACCUCCUCGCUUCUCUCCCCGUCCUCUGCGGACAGGGAGGGCUGGAAGGGAGCGUACGUACUCCCGUUUGGGAAGAAAGGGGAGGCGAGUAAGAAGGCGGGGGAUAAGGAGAUGGGAGCAAGACUGUGGAGCUUGUCCGAGCAAGCGGUGAAGGAGAUUGACGAGAAAGGAUGUAUUAGUGUGUAGGGGUUAUAAGGACUCUCGUACGAACAUGCCAUCAAGUAUGUUGCCGUACACAUGACAACUUUU